AUCAGUCUAUUUUGUUUUUGGUUUUUACAAGUUCUGCGCGCAGUAGAAAGUGGUGUUUAUUUGUAAAUAUUGUAAAAAAGUAAAUAUUCAUAAUUUUUGUGUGUUUACAAAUUGAUUCGUGUUAAUAUCGAAAGUGACAGUGUUUUAUGGGAAAACAUCGUACAAUAAGGACUUUUUUCGUUUUAUAAGGGUAGGUAGUCCGGGAUGGUGAUGGAAGCCGACCCGAUAGCUGGCAAACAUAAUGAUGAAAGAGUGCACGGCGCAUCGUUGAAGGCGCGGGCGGGUGGUGACGUCAUUUCUCCCGAGCGCUCGGUCGGCACUCUCGACCUUAACAUGUCUUUCACGGCCCCUUCAAACCUGGUGCUCACACCUGCGCCUGAAUGUCGCAAGCUCUCGCGAGGUAUCUCCCGCGCGACAGACAAUGAGGGUCUUGUGUGGGCGUUGCGCAACAAUACUGAGCCUGAACCGAACACAAUCAAUUCGGAUCACAUACUGUUGCUGCCAGAUAUUACUGUAUACCCGCCUGAUUUCAGGACUUUCCUAGAGAAGGACCUUCUAGAGACUGCGACUCUAGUGACACUAGAAUCUGCGAACAUACUGAACUGGUGGCGCCACGGCCGCGUGCCUGGUGCGCCUCGUCUCCUGCCCCUCGCUACUUCGGGAGACGGCAACUGCCUGCCUCACGCGGCCUCGCUCGCAGCGUACGGGUUCCACGACAGAUUGCUCGCGCUGCGGACCAAAGUUCAGGCUCUACUGUCCGGAGAGGGCGGCGAAGUACUUACUAACGCAAUAAAACGUCGCUGGCGUUGGUCGGAGAGCAUAUCCUUGCGGUCGGCAGGGUUGACACCUUCGGAGGCCGAGUGGGAGCGUGAGUGGGCACAAUGCGUGACGGCCGCGUCGCCGGAGCCGGCGCGCGCCACCCCUGCCGCCGCGCCGCACUACGCUGCCUUGGAACAUCUGCAUGUCUUCGCGUUGGCACACGUCAUGAGGAGACCUGUUAUUGUCUUUGCUGAUGUCGCUUUGAGGGAUUUCCGAGGCGACCCAAUAGCUCCGAUCCCGUUCGGCGGUGUGUACCUUCCCCUGGAACUGUCUCCAGAAGCCUGCAGCAAGACGCCGAUCCUGCUGGCGUAUGACGCGGGACAUUUCUCCGCACUCGUGCCGUGUGAGCCGCUGCCGUCAGAUGGCGCGCGCGUGCCACUCGAGGAUAGUGCGGGCAAUCCUAUGCCUAUAAGAUUCAACGUAGACCCCGGCGAAGAUUUCCCCUGGGACGUGGAGCCAGAUCAGAAGACGAUAAACAACAUCCUCCCUGACGAGUACCAGCGCUCGGCCAUGUUGGCAGCGUACCUCGACCUUGAACGGAUCGAGUGCAUCUCCCUCAACCAACCGUCUGAAGAACUGCGAAGAUCCUUGGACGCCCUGUCCACCAAAAGUUCCAAGCAGUUGAACUCCGUUGCCAAACAAUUUGGUAGCAUCGGGAGGUCAAUGAGCAGUAAGCUGAAGAAGAACUUUGGUUCCAUGGCCAAGUUGGCGGGGGGGAAGAGUAGUGGGAGCCAUAGUAACCCUGAGGAGAGUCUGAUGAGGAGGCAGUCUACUUGUGAGGUGUUGUGUUGCAGGGUCUUGGCGGCCAGGGCGCCGGUACAGGAGGAGAUGGUCAAGAAUUACCUUAAUGAGGCUUGGAUCGGAUACACAGCCGAAAAGAACCGCAAAGAGCCAGUGGGUCCGAGCCAACCUCGCUACGGUACAGGACGCUCACAGUUCUACGCUGAGGCAGAGAGACCGACGGCUACAACAGCCCCUACAAGUUCAUCGAGCGAGGGGGUGCGGGCCAGUGGGGGAAAUGGGGGGAGUGGGGGACGCGUGGGCGGGGACCGUACCCUGUACCUGUCCCGCUCGACGUUCUACGACGACCGGCCGGCCGAGCCGCGCCCGUGCCGCGCGCCGCUCUGCAUGUACUACGGCAGCCCGCAGCUAGGGGACUACUGCUCGCGCUGCGCCCGACUGCAGUAAGUCACGGUCUUAGGUUAUUGCUGGCCUUCUAGAUUGGUGGGAUUGGGUUUAUACUGCAUCUUGAUUUAAGUAGUUAGAGGCCCA